AUGCCCAGCAAGGAGGUGCUGCCCGACACAAGGAGCUACAACUCUGUGCUCGCUGCGUUGGAUCAUGCAGCCAGCGGGCCUAGCGGGCUGAAGUGCAUGGCGCAGAUGCGUCUCUUACGAAUGCCACCAGAUGCUGCGAGCUACAGCAGUCUUAUGAGUGCCCUGACACGAUCUGGCGAGUGGCAGGCAGCGAUUCAGGUCUUUGCUGAGAUGAGGGUGCAACGAGAUGCGGUGUGCUUCAGCGUUGCCAUGGGUGCCUGCGAGAAGGCCAGCGAAUGGGCCAAGGCCCUGGAGCUCUUCCAGGCGCUGGCCCAGCAACGGCUCCGGCACGAUGCCGUGACCUUCGGCAAUGCCGUGUGUGCAAUGACCAAAGGGGGCCACUGGCUGGGCGCUUUGGAGCUCCUCCAGCGCAUGCGGAGCGAGGCGGUGAAGCUGGACACCGUGGUUUGCAACAGCGCUCUUACAGCUUGUGCGAACCACUCUCGCUGGCAGGAUGCCUUGCACUUGGCAGAAGCCCCAGUUGCAGAAGCAAGUAAUGCCACGAUUCGAUCCCUCGAGAAAGCUGGGGAGCACCGUCGAGCCGUGGAGGUUCUGUUGCACGAGUUUGCAUCAGAGGACGCCGGGAGCACGCGGCCGGUGAACGUCACCCCGGCGCUGAGGGAGGCUCUGGCUGAGCGCCUGGAGCGGGCUUUGACGCCACGCUGGCAGCGGCCAGGCGACUACCGCAGAGCGGAGCCCAGCCCGCAAGGUGCAGCGGAGCCGCCGGAGCCACCGCGUCCCGUGGUGGCAGUGGAGGCAGCGGCCGGCUUCUUCGGGCCGGGGGCGGCCCCGGCCAGCGAGUGGUGCACGAGCCGGGCCCAGGAGGCGCGCGGUGCAGAGGCGUUCGACGCUGUGCUGGAGCACCUCCGCCCUACCACGGAAGCUGCACUUCAAGAGGCUCAAGCUCUGGCACAAAAAUUGCAGGCGGCCGUGCCCGCACACUAUGAGGGCGCCGAGGUGAUGGUCUACGGAUCCGUGACGGGCCGCUUCGCGGCCCGGAAUGCAGAUGCCGACUUUACAGUCCUCCUUCCCUGGGACGAAACGGACUCCGGGGCCUUGCGAGCCUUCCAGCAGCGCGCCGCAACCUCAGCUCUGGGCGAAGCUACGAAGCUUCGAGCAGCACCGCAGAGUGGAGAGAGCCCGGGACCCAACAGAGGGCUCUGCUCCGAGAAGCAGGGACAGGUACUCCUUGUUGCAGAGACGCGCGCCGCGCACGAAGCUCUGAGGCUCCUGGCACGAGGGUGGCACGUCUCGACCGUGGGCCUGGGCGGGCGGGCGCUUGGCUCAGCAGAUGGGAGCCAGGAGGUUCUCUUCAUGUCAGAACAAACAUGA